CGUCAGUUUACACACCUAACCUUUUACGAAGCAAAAGCGCGCCACCUGUGAAUUUCACCGCGUCAGUGUAAUGUGAAGCUUCGACUCCCGUCCCCUGAGCGUGAAAUGCUCUGGGAUCAGCCACAAGGAUGAUGUUUCCCCUGACCUGUGCUGUGCAAAAUUAUGCGUGGGGGAAGAGUGGGUUGGACAGCGAGGUGGCCAAACUGGUGAUUGGUGGGGACCCACUAGCUGUCGUUGAGGAUGGCAAGCCCUAUGCAGAGUUGUGGAUGGGUGCCCAUCCAAAAGGUGAUGCCCAGAUUAAAGACAACAGGAUCGCACAGACCACGCUGGGCCAGUGGAUCGCCCACUUCCCGGCCUGCCUGGGCUCCAAGGUUAAAGACACAUUCCAGGGUCAGCUGCCCUUCCUCUUCAAAGUCCUCUCUGUCAAUACAGCUUUGUCCAUACAGGCCCAUCCCAACAGGGAGUUAGCCGCUCGUCUCCAUGCUCAGUUUCCCGAGCACUAUCCAGACAACAACCACAAGCCAGAGAUGGCCAUCGCUCUCACCCGCUUCCAGGGCCUCUGUGGCUUCAGACCAGUGGAGGAGAUCCUCGGAUACCUUAAAUGUGUCCCAGAGUUCCAUGCUCUGGUGGGGUACGAGGCGGCGGAUGACUUGCGAAGCAGCAUUGGAGAUGCAGUUCAUACGAGUCAGGCAAUGAAGAAGUGCUUCACCAGGAUGAUGAACUGUGAGAAGAAGGUGUUCGUAGACCAGCUUAACAUGCUGGUGAAGAGAGUCACUGAAGAGGGUGCAGCAGGGAAGGACACGUCAAGCAGCAACGGUGACCUGUUGCUCCGUCUCCACUCCCAGUAUCCUGGAGACAUCGGCUGCUUCUCCAUCUACUUCCUCAAUCACAUCGUCCUGGAUCCGGGCCAGGCCAUGUUCCUGGGAGCCAGUGAGCCUCACGCUUAUCUUUAUGGAGACUGUAUCGAGUGUAUGGCCUGCUCAGACAACACGGUGAGGGCCGGCCUCACGCCGAAAUACAUCGACGUCAACACUCUGUGUGAAAUGCUGAACUAUAGCCCUGCGCCCGCCAGCUCCAAAAUCUUCCCAUGUGUCCAGGAUGCUUCAGACCCCUGUGUGUCCCUGUACGACCCCCCAGUGCCAGACUUCACUGUCAUGAGGAUACAGGUCCCAGCCUCGGUGAAGCAGUACACCUUGGCUCCAGUCGACAGUGCCAGCAUCCUCCUGGUCAUCGAAGGCGAUGCCACGGCAACCUCCGCCGCUGCUCUCUCUGAUGUCACACUGAGGCGGGGCACCGUCCUGUUUAUCUCGGCCAAUGAGAGCGUCUCCCUGCACGUCACCUGCCCGUCAGGGAUGAACAUGUUUCGAGCCUGCUGCCUCCUGUAGUCGUGAGUCUGUGGUUGUGUGAAUAAACCUCAUACUACCUGUUUGUUUCUUCUCUGGUUUGACUCAGCUUUGUCUAGACUGCGUUAUGGAUUGAGCCCGAUGACUGAUGUGCACUUUUUAGUAGGUUGUAUGUUAAGGGAGCUUUCAGACAGAGUAUUGAUGUCCGUGUGCGCCCGCGGCUCCACCCCUUACCCAAACUCAGCAUGCUGACUGCUGUGUCCCCCCUUUAUACCAGCGGCAAUGUUCUUCAGCUUUAAAAUCCAGCAGUAAUCCAUUGCGGCUGGAUUUUAACAGUUUGUGUGUGUGUAUACACACACACACGCACCCCCCCACAUGACCCCACAUGACCACUCAUCAGGUUUCUGAUGAAGAACCUGAUUGGUUAUGAUGAAGUUCAAAUGAUCAAAAAACCUUUUGGUGAGGUUGUCUGUUGUUUUUUUUGUUUUUGUUUUUUUUAGUUUUUUUAUUGGGAGCCCUUCAGUGUUCCAAAUAUUUUUACUUUUUGUUCUAUGUACACCUACAGCUGUACAUUCUUAUUUUUCAGUCUGGGAUAAAGAUAACACUCACUUACAGUGACUUCUGUUUUAUGGGCCAGAAGUUGACUUUCCCCCAUCGUCACUGGUGCAGCUACCUGUUUUAUCAUUUUAAUUCUAGCUUGAACAAGUAAAUAUCCACCUACGGGGGGAAAAAAUGCAUUGUUAGUAUAUCAAAAGCUGAGAGUAUAUAGUGUAAUACUGAGAUGCCUGUGCAUGUUUUAUUCAGAGCAGUAAUACUGGAGAGCGGCUUCAGUCUUGACUGUGAUAAUGGUACUGGCCACACCGGUCAAAAUGAAGUUGACCCUGCUGAGUAUUACUGCUUUUAACUGUUACCAGCGCAUGUUUAUGGUCUGGAAACCUCUCGUCAAAGUAGUGAACAAUCAUAAAGCUUAAAAAACAAAAAGGGAACAAGCAAGAAGGGCGGCUAACUAGAUCCGUCUCAUGAAGCAUAACUACAUGGGAAUCAGGAAUUCAUAUUGUUUAAAACGUCUGUUCUAUAUGACUGAAAAUGCACUAGUCCAGCUCGUUGCAUACUUGUACGAUUUAACCCAAGCCCGUUAACACAUCCACGUCUUGUACAUUUGUACGACUAAAUGCUGCAUUCAGUUUUUAUAGUAUUAUAGGAACAAACAUGUCCGUAUUUCUGAGUAUUUGAAGCCAGGGUUUUCAGAAUUUGUAUGUUUUGUUGUUUGUACUGAUCCAUCAACAUGAGACAUUACAUACCAAGAGAAAAUAUCCCUGAACUAACUGUAUUAUAAGGUCUUACAUGUAUAUUAUGAAAUCAUGGAGUGAGUGGUUUAUCUUCACAGUAUAAUCUUCACACUUUCCAACAUGUUGAUUUCGGUAUUGUAACUAGAUUAUUUCAGUAUGGUGCAAACUUCUACCUAAUAUAUUCCAGUUCAAACCAGGGUCAAUCUGAAGUCAUGGAUUUUCUUGUUGUAAUAAUAGUUUUUAUAGGCUAUCCUGAAUCAAAUAUUUGAGAAUGAAUGCUCUAUCACCCUGCCAACCUGCCAGUGACUAAAUAUUUCUCUUUUGACCACAGUGUAUUGAGCCAAUGCUGCUGAAGCUUUUACCUACUUCAUGACAACGUUAGUGAUGUGGGUUGAUGUCUAGCUUGUCCCUAAUAUAGAUGCACUAAGCUUUUAGUUAUUUUUUUGUUGCUAAACACUGUUGAAAAAUGGAAGAAUAUGAAGAGAUUUGAAGGGUGUUAAUAGUUAAAAUCACUGCAUCUUUUUGAUUAAAGAAUCAUUACCUCAAAUACAUCCGUCAAUAUCUAAAAUUGUAGAGUCUCCAGUUAUUUUUGUCAGCAAACCAACUAUUUGCCAUCUUUUCCAAAUGUUUAACUUUAGUGACUUAGUCUUGUAGAGGUCACCAUUUCAAAAACUAUCUGAUUUUGAAUUUUAACUUUUAAUUUAACCUUUUGUUACUGAUGUUAUUUUAAGUCACCUUCUAGUUUUAGUACUGUAUGUCCAGCGCUUUGCACAGAGGUUAUUUUUUUGAUUUUUAUGUUUUUUUCCGUCCACUUUUAACUCGUGUCCUUCAAAUGCACACAAAACUGAAGGCCACACUGUUUUAGCUUAAUUAUUUUAUUUAACUAUUGUGAGAAGAUUUCUUGGGAUAUUCCUCUAGUGAGGGCAUGGUUUAGCAUUUUUGAAUCUGGUGAUGCUGUAGCAUGGAACUGCAGAAAACAUGUAUGUAAAAGUUGUUUAAUAAAGCCUUGAUCUGUUGAACUCCUUA